ACGUUGACUACGUCGACGCGUCGUUUCAGCCUUAGUUUUAUCAGAAGAAAGUGAAAUAAAUAAAAGAAAAUAAAUUGUUAGUUUUUGAACAUCUCUAAUCUGGACAUAGUUUUGUAAAAACUAAGUUUUUAAAGACAAAAAUGUAUGUUUGCGGGUGGACAAGUGCCCAAAAUGCAAGAAAAGCGGCCAAAAAGCAUAUUUUUAAGUGCGUUUAAAAGAAUCUGUGUUUUCUUUCAAGCCGAUACAGAUAACUUCCUGUUUUUCAAGUCGGAUAACUUAUAUUUAUUAUUUUUUAAACUUAGCUUUAACUGUAUUUUGUGCACACCUUCAGCGGUGGAGUACAAACCGCGGCUCUUGGCUGACGGAGGCAUGUGUCUUCAGCAAUGGUGGAAGGUUGGUCGUCCAGCGCCAUGAUGAAAUUGUGGGUCGUGCUACGUCAUCAUUUCUAAUACUGGCAGGAAAAAAAAAAUCACAGGUCCGUCUUGUCAUCCACGAGAAGGGGCUGGUGUGUGAAGAGAGAGAUGUGAGCUUGCCACUGCAGGAGCACAAAGAGCCAUGGUUCAUGAGGCUGAACCUUGGCGAGGAGGUGCCUGUCUUCCUCCACGGCGACAACAUCAUCAGCGACUACAACCAGAUUAUAGACUACCUGGAGACCAACUUUGUCGGAGACACAGUGGCACAGCUGAUUCCAGAUGCAGACUCGCCCAUCCAUGAGCGUGUGCAGCAGUAUCGUCAGCUACUGGAUGGCCUUCCAAUGGACGCUUACACGCACGGAUGCAUCCUCCAUCCAGAGCUCACACUCGACUCUAUGAUCCCAAAGUACGCCACCGCUGAAAUACGUAGACAUCUGGCCAAUGCAGCAACAGAGCUGAUGAAGUUAGACCACGAGGAGCCCCAGCUGACAGAACCAUACCUGUCUAAGCAGAAGAAGCUCAUGGCCAAAAUCUUGGACCACGAUAACGUGAACUACCUGAAGAAGAUUCUAGGAGAGUUAGCCAUGGUUUUAGAUCAGGUGGAGGCUGAGCUGGAGAAAAGGAAACUGGAGUAUCAAGGUGAAAAGUGUGAGUUGUGGCUUUGUGGACCUGACUUUACACUAGCUGAUGUCUGCCUGGGAGCCUUGCUGCACAGGCUCAAGUUCUUGGGACUUUCUAAGAAAUACUGGGAGGACGGCAGUCGGCCCAACCUGCAGUCUUUUUUUAUGCGUGUGCAAAAACGCUACGCUUUCCGCAAGGUCCUGGGCGACAUCCACACAACACUCCUAUCCGCAGUGCUGCCUAACGCCUUCCGGAUGGUAAAAAAGAAGCCGCCGUCCUUCUUCGGGGCCUCCUUUCUAAUGGGCUCCCUCGGAGGGAUGGGCUACUUCGCCUACUGGUUUUUAAAAAAGAAAUACAUGUAGUGAAUGCUCCCUUGGUGUGUUCAAUGUCUGUGCAUUUGUGUGAUGUUUGAACUUUUCUGUAACAUUCAAUGACUGCAGGAAAAGCCUACUGAAUAUAGAGAACACUAAUACUUACCUGGGCCACUAAAGAUAUAUUCAAACAUUCCAUAAUAAGACAUUCUUGACAGCACAUUUUCUGGUAGUCAAGGCCUUCAUACAUUUUCCUUUUUUGCUGUGUUGGCAUGCAACCGGCCAAUUUACAGUACAGAAUACUUUAGUCUACACCAAACCAAUGCAGUAACACAAACUGGGAUGAAGUACUUUGGCAUGCCACUACUCAUACUCACAUCUACUGCCCAGUCCUUAUCACAGCACAUGAAGUAUCGCUACUGAGUAGGGAUGUUCCGAUCAGGGUCGUAUGCUGUAGCAACUAUCCAUGGCCAAUACCGAACACAUUUAUUAACUGUUAAUUGUUCUAAUUAUUAAUGGUGAGUGCUAUUGACAGUUCGGCCGAGUCAUACCAAAGACUAUAAAAAUGGGACCCAUUACCUCCCUGCUUGGCACUCAGCAUCAAGGGUUGGAAUUGGGGGUUAAAUCACCAAAAAUGAUUUCCGGGCGCGGCUACCGCUGCUGCUCACUGCUCUCCUCACCUCCCAGGGGGUAAACAAGGGGAUGGGUGAAAUGCAGAGGAUAAUCUCACCACACCUAUUGUGUGUGUGACAAUCAUUGGUACUUUAGCUUUAACUUUUAACAAUAUCAAUACAGUAUUUUAAAAUAGAUCCUUAUUCUAUUUUAUUAUAGACCAUUUGUUUGGGCAAAACAAAGUCAUUAGUAUAUAGUAAUUUAAAAAAUGCAAAAACUACUAUCUAAUAAUCAUUUAAAUAUUUUCGUUUUUGCCCUCAAAGUCCUCCUGUGUCCAGGGAAUUAUUCACUAAAUUUGUAAACAUUAACAAAAAUGACAACAAAAUGAUUGAGAAAAUACAAAUAUCUAUGUAAUUACUCUUGUAUCGAUUAGAUGCUGAGCCGACCUUUUGGUAUCGACGCCGCCAAUUACGUGUUGUGUACUGACUGUGACAAUGCUGACACACAAACAGUUUUUGGUAUAUUAUCCUCUUUCUAGACUCUUAUUAAUCUACCGUAUUUUCCGUGCAACAGAGCGCACUGCUAUUUAAGCUGCACCUACCAGAUUUUAGAAGAAAUAAAUACCUUUACACAUAUUAGCCGCGCCGGACCGUAAGCCGCAGAUAUAUACUGCUACGAAAGGUUUUGUAAAUGUUUUUUUUUUACAUACGUUAAUUGUUUGUAACACAGGAGUAAAACAGCUGAUCAAACAAAACAGAAGUCAUCGCCAUGGACCCACUAGCUGCGGAAGUUAGCUCUCUGAUCCGCUAAACAGUCUCAAUAACUCCACACUGACGUUUUGGUGAGUUUACGAAACUGAAACAAUACAAAAAGAAUGGAAUUGUAAGUUAAUAAUACUAACACAUACACUUGUAAACGAGUAAGCAUAUUCGCCAAUGACGCUAGCUUGAUUACAUUACAAUAGCAUGUACAAAUAUGCAUUUGCAUAUGCAAAUUUGUACGUGCAUAUGCAUAUGCAUGUGGGUUACCAACAUAUGCGGUCCUCUCCAAGGUUUCUCAUAGUCAUUCACACCGACGUCCCACUGGGGUGAGUUUUCCUUGCCCUUAUGUGGGCUCUGUAACGCGGAUGUCGUUGUGGCUUGUGCAGCCCUUUGAGACACUUGUGAUUUAGGGCUAUAUAAAUAAACAUUGAUUGAUUGAUUGAUUGAAACCACUACUACAGACAUCAGACAUGGGACGGUUUAGUAAGUACGAAUUGUUUUAGUUAAAUUGUAAAACUGACAAACGUUGCUUGAAGUGAUAAAUUAAGAAUCAUUUUGAGCAGAAGCGCAAUGGGCGUUAAUACUUCUGGUUCAAGGCACGAAGCCGUAAGUACAUUUUUAACCCACAGCACCUGCAGUGGGUGAACUUGUUUAAAAGAUGGCGCCAUAGCAGACAUAAUAACACACCUUUUCAGUGUCUCUGUCGGUGUGAUACAAAACAUUAUGGCCUUAAGCAAAGAAAAAUCCAUAAAUUAGCUGCACCGUUUUAUAAGCCGGAGAGUACACAGCAUUGGAAAAAAGUUGUGGUUUAUCGUCCGGGAAAUACGGUACUUCAUUUCCUGUUAAUAAUUGCUUACUUUCUACUGUAACAUGCUUCUAUCUAUAAGCACUUAUUAUUUAAAGCCAGUUUAGCGCCUAGCAUCACUGCUGCUGGCUUGCUCUCGGUGUGUAACAUGUUAAAUGGGUUAUACUUGUAUAGCGCUUUUCUACCUUCAAGGUACUCAAAGCGCUUUGAAACUAUUUCCACAUUCACCCAUUCACACACACAUUCACACACUGAUGGCGGGAGCUGCCAUGCAAGGCCCUAACCACGACCCAUCAGGAGAAAGGGUGACAUGUCUUGCUCAAGGACACAACAGACGUGACGAGGUUGGUAGAAGGUGGGGAUUGAACCAGGAACCCUCAGGUUGCCGGCACGGCCACUCUCCCAACUGCGCCACGCCGUCCACUGUUGAUCCUCAUCUUCCACUGAUAAUAACAUUUAAGACAAUAAGAAGGGCAGUUUAUUUACUGUAAUGGAAGUGAUUUUCAUUCAUUUCGAGGAGCGGCUCCACACUGUGUAUAGAGACUCAUAAUUAGCUAUACGCUUGUCAGCCACGGGAACAAAAAUAAAUAGUUUCAUUCAGACAGGAUCUGUGUUUUAAAAGACCUUCAUCGGCAAAUUGGGGACUGAAAGAUCGGCACAUCCCUACUUCUGAUACUAUGCUGCUUUGCAUAGAAAAGGUUAACUCUUAAUAUGAGAGUCAACAAAGUCAAGGCGCACACACACACACACACUGACUUUACAUAGAGCACAUGGCCCACUGUCACUAAGCAGGAGUUCAUUAAGUGAUGCGUGUUUCCUCGCGAGUCAGGUUUUGUGAAGGUGCCAUUUUUCUGCAAACUUCGAAUUGAACAACGGCCCAGCAAUAAUGAGCAGGAAAAAAUCAACAGAUUCUUUAUUUCCUUUCAAGAUUUAACAGAGGAAACAGUGACUCAUCAAAUGGAUGCAUUGAAAUUGAGACAAUUUGUCAAGGCUAUUUUUGAAGACUCUUCUACUCUGCCCAGUGUUAACUUGUUACUUGCUGUUUCUCCAUGACAACAACUGAAGUCAUCCAGCCCAGGGCUUCUCAAACUUUUUUCAACAAGUACCACCUCAGAAAAAACUAGUCUCUCUAAGCACCACCAACAAGCUGUAUUCUAAUGACCAACAUUAAAAUACAGUAGUGUAGUAAGCCUAAGUAUUCAUUAAAACAAGGCAGAGGUUUUUUUUAACAAGUACUUUUAAUAUUUUUGACCACUGUAACAUUACACCCAGUUUGAACAGUAACACUGUGUUUGAAUAUAGGAAAAUAAAACACUGUACUGUAAUGAAGUGAUUAUUUGGCGUAUCACUAGUGGUACACAUACCACAGUUUGAGAAGAUCUAAACAAUGUCCUGAGCUAAAACUCUUGAGUGCAGGAAAUAAGCAGCCAACUUGGUUUAAAUUAAGCAUCCGGUUUCAUGUUCCUAUUGAUUCUCUGGGCAUAAGUCCUUUUAAUUAGGGAACACAUGUGAGAUUGAUGACUUGAGGAACACACACAGAAGUGUGCAUGAACAUGAUGAGCUCUAAUGAGCACAAUGGGACAUAUGUGAUUUAAGUGUAGGAAGAUUGUGUGAUCAUGCCUUUUAGCUAUUGAGUUUGCAAGCGACAUCAUCUUCUAAAUGCACUAAGAUUCAUUUUAAUUAACUGGAUUUGCGACUCCAUCUUCUGGGCCCGCCUGGAAUCUCCUGCAUCACACACACAGUCACGACAUUGUAUAUGUGAUGGUGGCCGUUAUAUCUCACGAUAGUAUUUUUUUAUUUUCUACUUUUUAUGUUUUUAUAUUUCUAUUUAUAUGCAUUUAUUUAUGGUGCUUUUUAUGAUGUUUGUUCAUAAGCCUUAAUUUAUUCAGUUGCCAUCAAUGACAAAUAAAAUCUAAAAAUGCAAAAAUAAGAGCAAAUGUUGUUGUGAUUUGGGGAAAAGCAGAAGACCUAAAGUUAUAAUUGCAUGGUUACUGCUGCACAAAGUACAGGAUUCUGUAGAAGUCA